AUGACAGGGGUACUUGAAAAUUCGAAAACAGAUAAUGCGUUUGAGAAGGAUGUGACUGUCACUUUCAAUGAACAAACCAACUAUGUGCCUAAGCGCACUGUUAUCACGAUCUUCCUGGCCUGUUCCAGUGUUGACCUCCUGGCACUGAUGGACCAGACAACCCUGGCAGCCAGUUUGUCUAUCAUAGGAAAUGCACUGGGCGCCAGUGAUCAGACCUCCUGGAUAUCAGGCGGGUACUUUGUAACAUCAACAUGUUUUCAAUUACUCUAUGGAAAGCUAUCCGACAUCUGGUCUCGCAAGCUUGUGCUCUUUGUUGGUCUAGCCAUCUUCUUCUUUGGAUCAUUAGCAGCUUCCCUUGCGCAGACAGCCACACAAUUGAUUGUAUUCCGUGCUUUCACCGGAGUUGGCGGUGGUGGUCUCAUGACGGUUGCACAGAUGAUCGUCAGCGACGUUGUCCCUCUCCGUGAAAGAGGUAAAUAUCAAGGUAUCCUAGGUGCUGUGGUUGCCAUUGCAAAUGGCAUUGGUCCUGUCAUCGGAGGUGCACUAGCCUCCAUUUCACAAGACUCGUGGCGAUGGAUCUUCCGUUUGAAUCUACCACUCACUGCGUUAACCACGUUGACUGUUUUUUUCUUUAUGCCCCUUCGGAAAGUUACUGGCAACUGGAAAGUCAAGCUAAAGGCGAUUGAUUUCUUUGGUGCACUUCUCGCUCUCGGUGGAACUUCGGUCUUGCUGCUUGGUUUGACCUGGGGCGGCGGCGAGUAUGAGUGGAACUCAGCGCAUGUUAUUGCGACUCUGGUCGCUGGGUUCACUAUCUCGGUUGCUUUUGUUGUGUGGCAGUGGAAGGGUGCAUCCACACCACUGGUUCCGAUGCAUAUUUUCCAGAGUCGGAUUGUGAACGGCGCGUGUUUAACCAUGUUCAUCAACGGGUGGAACUUUUUGGUGCAAGUUUACUAUAUUCCCACUUUCUAUCAGCUGGUAUUUGGGUAUUCAACGGUAAAAGCUGCUGCAAUGCUGCUUCCUAUUACCCUCAUGCAAACUGUUAGCAGCACAGGCUCCGGUCUUGUUGUACACUGGCUAGGCCGCUACCGUGAAUGCAUCCUGUUUGGAUGGAUGGUCUGGGCUGCGGGUCUUGGCCUGUUCUCGACACUUGAUCAGCAUUCAGGAUUGGGAAAGCAGAUUGGGUAUGGCAUUUUGACUGGUGUCGGGGUUGGAAAUACUCUGCAGCCCUCUCUUAUUGCAGUUCAAGCUGGUGUUGAAAGACGGGAUAUGGCUGUGAUAACUUCCUUCAGGAACUUCGUACGAAAUCUCGGCGGCACUUUAGGGCUCGCUAUUGCCGGGACUAUAAUUAAUAAUAUUGUCUCCUCGUCUAUUUCAAUCCUCAAUCUCGACGAAUCCCAGUCCCACUCCCUUCUCUCGAGCCCACAGAGUUAUCUAUCAAAGUUAUCUCCAGAGGAAGCUAAGCAUGUCCGUGAUGUGUUAACACCGGCAUAUCAAAAAGGAUUUCGUAUCAUUUUUAUUGUCGGUGCAUCCCUUGCAACAUUCGCUUUUGUUUUAGCUGUUUGGUUGAUGCCACAGGUUAGUUUAAACCGGGCAGACGAUCAAGCUUUGAAGGAAGAAGGGAAGAGGCGACUUAAUGGAGAUUUAGAAGAGGGAGAGAAGUAG